AUAGACGGGCCUUUAGAUGCUCUUUGGCGGUUGGCGCCGCUUGACUUGCCAGACUCUCCAGGCCGAGUGUGUGUGUGUGUAGUGGUUGUGCUAGCAGAGCUGUUGCAGAAACUAACUGGAAAAACGCAAGACAAACGCGUGUGGCGAGCAGCAGCUAAAUUGAACUGAAGUGAACAGAAAAUAUUAAAAAAAAAAGAAAUAAAAUACGAAUACGGAAAAACGCAAGCAUAAAACACACCGGGACUCCGCAAUACGGGUUUUUUUUUUCGUUUACUCUUCCUCUUGCACAUACAUGCGUACCUGGGCAGAGAUUCAGAUUUAUCGCCUUCUCCACCCACUACUUCAUCAUCGCCAUCAUCAUCAACGCUGUUGUUGUUGCUGUCGUUCCGCCUUCGCUCUCACGUAAUCCGCCCCCGCACCACCUCGCCCGCCGGCCAACCGGCCCACAAACUGACUGAUAGACCGAAAAUCGAUUAGCGGCCUCUCUUCCUCUUCAACAUCUUCGGCAUUCGUGUGUGCGUUGCUUUGCGUUACGUUACGGUUACCGUUACGUCGCCCGCGCGUGUUGCUCGCUUGUGUUGGUGUGUGAGCAAGGUGUGGUGUGUAUAGAAAAUCGAUUGGCAAUUUGAACCGAAGAGCGCUAUCGUCGCCGCAGUCGCCGCGUGUGUGCCGUUACGCGAUUUUCAACAGCAGCCGCUCAGUAAUAUUGCUUUUAUUUUUUUGCCUGUGAAGUCCUCCUAAGUGAGUGCGAAAGAGAGAGCGAGAGUGAGCUCUCUAAAACCUCUACAAAAAAUAAAAAGUAACAGAUAAAAGAAAAACACCGGACAUGGAUAAAUCAGCGGCCACGAACUCGGCCACUGCCGAUGGCCAAAACGAGGCAGCAGCAGCAGCAGCCGCCGCCGCAGCAGCAGCAGCAACAGCAGCUGGGUGUGGCAGCAACAACAGCAGCAGUAGCAGCAGCAGUAACAACAACACUGGAAACAGCAACAAUGCACUGCAGCGUUUGGCAACAACAACAAGUGCCGUUGUGGCAUCCCCGAUGACGAUCAACCUGAACAUCAGCACCACCACCGGCGGCAAUUUCGGCGUCAGCGUCGAGCCGCACAUCAGCGUCGAGAGUCUGAAGAAGAUCAUCGCCAAGAAGCUGAAGGUGGCCAAGGAUCGCAUCUGUCUGCUGCACCGGGAGAAGGAACUGCAGGAUGGCACGCUCAGAGAUCACAACUUGAUGGACGGGUCCAAGAUCAUUUUGAUACCAAACGUGGAAACUGGUUUACUGGCUCAACGUCCGGAGAACACGGUUAUGCAAGCGCUGGAAUCGCUUAACGACGCGCAGGUUAAUGAUUUUCUCAGCGGCAAGACUCCGCUCAACUUGAGCAUGCGCCUCGGCGACCACAUGAUGCUCAUCCAGCUGCAGCUGAGCACGGUUAAUCCGGCGGGCGGUGCUGCCGCCGCAGUGGCUCCAGUCGCCAGUGGUGUGAGUGGUUCCAGUGGUUCCAGUGGUUCGAGCACCAACACAGCGGCCACCACAACAUCAACGGUGCCUGUAAUGCCAGCUGGCACUGGCUGUUCCAGCUCCAACUCCAACUCCACAUCCUCGUCUUCGUCGGCGGCGGGAGGAGCCUCUUCCUCAUCCACAUCCUCAAACUCAUCGUCAUCGUCAUCCUCUUCGUCAUCGUCAUCCUCUUCGUCAUCGUCUUCAUCGAGAACCCGCUCGUCUGGCCAGCGAUCGAGUGGAAGAAUCGGACAUGGCCACGUGCACAGCCACCAGCAUCCGAGUUUGCACGCUGCGAACUGGCACGGCGUUAGUCACGGACAUGGUCACAGCCACGGACAUGGACAUGGACACGGGCACGGACACGGGCAUGGGCAUCAUCACCAUCAUCACCACCACCAUCACCAUCAUCAUCACAACGCUUCGGCAGUGGCUGCGGGCAGCGGUGGUGGGAUGUCCUCGCUGCGCAAGAUGUACGGCGAUUUGCCCAGCUCCUCUGGAGCAUCUGGCUCUGCACCAGCCACUACUGGCAGUGGUCAGACCCAGAGCUCGUCAACGCUAAACGGGCCCGAUCUCACCAAGCUGCUAAUUAAGGGCGGCAUUCAGAAUAUCGUGAACAGCUUCGCUCUGAAGGAUGCCAGCGCCAAUGCUCGUCCUGUGGCCAAUGGUGGAUCCGGUGGAUCGAGUCCAGCGAAGCCUGUGCUGGAGCAGUCUCCCAUUAAGUCGCUGUCGAAUCUCGUGUCCAGUCCCAUCAAGAUGACGACUAUCAAAAACAUUCCCCUGCCCACGACGGCUGCCACAAGUUCCAGUUCCAGUUGCAUCUGCAGUUCUGCCGCCUCCAGCUCAUCCUCGUCCUCGUCUAGUGGAGCCUCCUGCACCACCGGCGGCUGUCAGCAGGAUCCGAUAGCCGCCAAGCUGACCUCGUGCCUGUGCACGCGUCUACCCACACCGUCAGUGGCACCGCCGGCGGCCUCUUUGGUGGCGCCCGCUCCACUGGCCAGAUCCGGAUCGACCAGCUCACCAAGCAAGUGUCCCGAAUCGAGUUGCACUGGAGCGAAUGCCGGAUUUGCCGCUCGUUCGACGGUUGCGGGCACAAGAGUCACCUUCUCCGGCAAUUCGAUGCUGCACAAGACGGGCAACAAUCGCAUCACUAGGACCAAGCAUCGUCACUACCACGGGCAUGGCCACGGUCACGGACAUGGAAAUGGUCACAGCAGUAGCAACAGCAGCACUAGCAGCAGCAGCAGCAGCAGCAGCAACAGCAGCAGCCACUUUUUCAAUCACGCCUGCGCCGGCAACCAGUCAUCCGUUAAUGCAGCCGCCUUUGCCACAAGCUCAUCAUCGUCUUCCUCGGCCCCGUCAUCUUCCUCCUCGUCGCCCUCAAAGCGUCGCAAGCUGGAGCAGGGAAUGGCAGCAGGAACGGUAGGAGCAACAGCCUCAGCCACAACAGCAGCGGCAACGGUGGCGCUGCCAGCCAGCACCAGCACCGCAACGGCAGAGCCCGAUGACGCGCUUCUGGGUGUGUCGGAUACUAGAACUCUCGCUGAGGCAUCGCGAAAUCUUACCCAGACAUUGCGCAAACUCUCCAAGGAGGUGUUCACCAACAAGAUCGAUCUGUCCGGCGCCGGCGUGGUCAGCAGCGGUCGCAGCUCAAGCAGCGGUGCCACCUCGAGUGGAGCGGCCAGUGGUGAGGAAGCACCGCGCAAGGGCGGAUCGGGAGCCGUGAUCGAGUCAAUGAAGAAUCACGGCAAGGGCAUCUACUCUGGCACCUUCUCGGGCACUCUCAAUCCGGCACUGCAGGAUCGCUUUGGACGACCCAAACGCGACAUCUCAACGGUGAUCCAUAUUCUCAACGAUCUGUUGAGUGCCACACCGCAGUACGGACGUGGUGCCCGCAUCAGCUUCGAGGCCCCGACCACUGGAUCGGUUUCUGGAUUUAGUUCGGGAUCCGGCAGCACUGGAUCUUCCUCGACUUCUUCCUCCAGCAGCGGGAUGCAUCACGGAUCGCGCAGCAAAAUGUACUCCUCCAAGCACCACAACUGCGCCAAGUGCAAUAGCCGCGCCCAGCAGCAACAGCAGCAGUCGGCGUCGUUGGCCUCUGGUAGCGGAGGUAGCUGCUCUUUCCGCGAUUGCCCGAGCUACCACUCCUCCUCCUCCGCAGCCUCCAAGGCUUCCGCCAGCUCGAAGUCGUCGUCGCACAGUUGCUGCCAGGCUGCUGAGGCACCCAGCUCGAUGGCCAGUCAAUCGAAUGGUUGCACAUGUCGCUACCGCCGCGAUGAUGGACAGGGCGAGCGGGAGCGGGAGCACACGUGCCAGAAGUGCACCGUGGAGCUGGCCAACAUGAAGACCCGCUCGAAAAUGGACCAGCUGCGCUUGGUGAUGCAGCAGCACAAGCAGAAGCGGGAGGCGCGAAAACUGAAAAGUGGUCCCUAUGCCACGCCCGCCUCCGGCUCCGCGGCCGAUAGCCUCUCCUCAACCGCUGCUGGCGGACCAGCCGCUGUUUCAAUGGGUGCGGCCGCACAGUACAGUGCUGUGAGCGCCCUGGUGGCUACGCCCCUACAACCAGCCGCUGUGCCCGUCCAGACGGGGAAGGCUGCACCCGCGAACAGCAUCAAUGGCAGCGGCGGCAGCAGCAGCAGCAGCAGCAGCAACACCAAUGCUAAUGGCAAUACUUCAACGGCACCUGCAACAGCAGCAACGGCAGCACCAGCACCAACAGCCGCACCACCCAGCGAAGUGUCCCCGAACCACAUUGUGGAGGAGGUGGAUACGGCGGCCUAAAGGCAGCAGAACCAUCAGCUAGAGCAACCACCAGCCCCGCUGACCUUAUCCUAUUUUGUAGCAUUUACUAGUUUACGCAGCAGCAACAAAGAACGAAGAGCAGACAAAAGAUGAAGAUGAUGCAGGACCAGUAGAAGCAGAGAUGAUGGGCAAACGAAAGAAACUAGAACCACAACUAAAGCUUAAAUUAAUCUAGAGUUAGUGCAUAACAACACCAAUUCUUCUGUUCAAACACCCGCUCGUUUGGUUAUCCCACCUCCAACGAUGAGGCAAAAGAUGAGAAUGGGAGCGCCCGGAAAGUCGAUAAGCUGUUAAAUUAAUUUUAAGACCCUAAAAAAACACACACACACUUCGGUGCAAGCCAAUAUAUUUUGUUGGGAGCAAAUGAAGUGCAUGAACCAGCUUCUGGAGGCGAAAUCCUUUAAUGUUUUGUAAAUUAAAUUUAGUGAAAUUUUUUGUGUGCAUCCCAGGCAAACGCUAUGUUGUGCAAUUCACAAUUUGAAUCGUAAGCAAGCAGCGUGAACGCGUGAAAUAGAAAGAAAUGAAUACGGAGAAAUUCUUAUAAUGGAAAUGUAAAUGUUCAAUAUAGAACUAAAUGUAAAACGUAUACACACAGACUAUACUAAUUGAUUUGUAAGCCAAAGCGGUGAAAAAUUUUGGUAAACUGAAAUGGAAUUAUAUUUAAUUUUAGACACACCAAAUCAAAUUUAAUAACACACACACACACUUGAUCCCACACACACACACACACACACACCUGGCUUUGGCAGCUUUAUGUUAUGUUUAACUUUUACAAUCGACGGCGGGCUGAAUGAAAAUCUGCACCUGCGACUGCGAUGUGGCGCUUUAACCUAAUUUGCCUUAAUAGAAAAUCGUUUUUCACCUAUUUUUUUUUUAAUAUAUACUUUAUCACCAAGAAUGUGUUUCGAAACGCGCCGGUAAAGACGAGCGACGAAAUGAAUUUUGUUCACCUACACCUAUACUAUUAAAUUAGUUAGUAAGACUAUGUUUUCUAUUCAUUUUACAAUUAUCAUUAAACGUAUAAUUACCGAUUUGAUUAGUUAAGUUGCGCAACAGAAGUGUCUGAGAAGCAGAAAGUAACGCUAACUUAGCUGUAUAGUUUUAAUUUAAGCCCAAGCAAUUACUUUUUUUGUCCUACACUUACUAUUAUUACCCAAUUCUACAAAUGCAAUUAGAUCUAGGCGAGUUUAACUUUUGAACUUUUGAACUUUUGAGUUGGUUUCAUUUGUCUUUGCCUCGUGUGCACCACAACUACUUGAUUUCAAUAAAUGUUUAGUAAAUGGUUUAGUUAACUAAUUUUCGUUGCUUUUAUUUCGUUGGAUUUUUGGUUACCGCAUUUUAUUUAUUUCAUUUUUUUCAGCUUUUUUUCGGGCUGCGUCUUGUGCAAUACAACAACAACAUAUAGACAAACAAAUAAAACACUCGUAAACGAAUAAGAAAACGAAUGAGCAAGUGAACAUCAAGUAUUUUGAUUUGAUUGACUCUUUAGAAAUGAUGUGCCAAUUGCAAAUACAAAUACAUGUGCGUAUAUAUGUGGAACCCUAGUAAGAAUUGUAAAUUAUAUAAAUAUAUAUAUAUAUAUGAAUAUAUCCUCCUCACACACACACACACACACUCGAUAGGCGAGGAGUAUCUAACUAAUUACACGUUUUAUCUAAGAAAAUCCCAACUUGGCACACAUUUAACAUGUGUUUGUCAGUCGUAGCUAUUUAGUGCUAAGUCGAAUUAUGUGCAAUUUAUACAAACAUUUGUUUAUGUUUCUAUAGUUUUCCCUCUAAACACCCCCUCUAAGUAUCUAUCUAUUCAUAAAGCUUUCCAUCUAUAUUCUACAUAACAAAUUCGGUAGUUAUAUUAGCAUUAGGAGACACAUAAGUUCGAUGUACGAUAACAAAUAUUGGAUUAGGCUUAGGUAAAGGGCACCAGAUGCAGGAUAUAUAUGGAUGUAUGGAUAAGGAAGGAAUAUUUAAGGAUCAUUGCAAUGUGGGAGUGGAAUGACGGAGGAACACUGAGAAAGGAUAUGGAUAAUGAUAUUGGGUGGCUUUGUAAGGGCAUUACUUUGGUUCAGAUGGGAUUUCGGUUAGAUUGAUUGAUUGAUUGAUUCGGAUUCGGACUCGGUUGGAUAAUUUCAGCAUAUCUGCGUGAUUUUCUAACAAGUACAAAAACACAAACGAUGAGAUUUUUUACAUAUAUAUAAUAUAGUUCAAAUAUUUACACGCCCCAAAUCCCCACAAUUCACUUGAUAAGAAAUUCAACCCAAAACAUAUGCGCAACAUUUGCUGAAAACGAAAAACACACAAACAAUUAUAAGAUCUAUGUGAAAAACAAAUUUUUAAUUGUAAACUAAAUUAAAUUUUUGUCGCAUUUAUUUUGAAUAGUUCAAAUUUAUCCAAAAAAGCCCCAAGCCCAAAACAAAAAAAAAAAAAAAUGAAAAUGUAGUAGAUAUACUCACAAUAAUUUAAAGACAUAUAUACACAUAUAUUUUGGAAUCGACAUUUUGCAUCUUUUUUGUUGACAUCUUCUAAAUCUAAAAACGAGAUUAUUAUCAAAGCAAAAUUAACGAAAUUAGCUAAAUUAUUACAGGCCCUUGAGCUGAGUAACAGUUGUAAACAUCUAACUGCAAAAAUUAAAAUGUUUCUCCAGUCACCUUCCCCGCAAACUUAAAAAGAAACUAAGCGAAAAAUGUAUAAAAAACGAUGUAGAAGAUCCAGAAUAUUGGAGAAAGGUUCAUAUAAUAACCAAUAGGACUUAAGUGGUGGGUUCGGAUCGAACGAACUUAGAUCAAUUUUAAUGCAAGCUUCUUCAGAACUUAAAUACAACCAAAAGAUAAUGUCUCUAUCUCCAGAAAUUGGAACUAUUAAACGCGAUAUAAAAGCGUCAUCAAAAGUUUGAAAUCAAGCAGAGUUGCAUGGAAUACAUUUUGAUGGCGGAAGUGAAUGCAGCGGAAAUGCCGCCGACAUUUUUUUUUUGGAAAGUGCACAUAAACACACUCAAAAAAAAGAGCGUACGAAUAAGAUGGAUAUUAAAUGUGAAACUUGUUCGCCAUAUGAAAUCCAAUUUAUAUUGUUGUGUGUACUGAUUAAAUGACCGUGACCAUAUUACUUAUAUACACGAAUAUAUAUAUAUACAAAUAUAUAUAUAUAUAUAGAUGCAUAUACAUAUAGAUAUACACACACUUUGCCAUAGCCAAAAAACCGGAAGAAUAAACUUGAACAAGAAGUUGGGAAUCAAUUUCUUACAAUUGCAUGUAUAAAAUGAUACAAAGUAAGCAAAUGAAACAAUGCAAGUAAAAGUAUUCGUCAAUAAACAUUAUUUCCAAACACAGUAA